CAAGCGCCGUGAGGUGAACCAGCUGCUGGCCCCACUGCGGCUCAGCCGUGCCAACCUGGAGCGUGUCCAGGCACUAAUGAGACGGGAGAUGGAGCUGGGCCUGGGCCGGGAGAGCAAUGCCACUGCCUCUGUCCGCAUGCUGCCCACCUAUGUCUGUGGCACGCCCGAUGGCACUGAGCGAGGUGAAUUCCUGGCAUUGGACCUGGGGGGGACCAAUUUCCGAGUGCUGGUGGUGCAUGUGGCAGAGGAUGGCAUCCACAUGGCCAACAAGAUCUACGCCAUCCCAACUGCUAUCACACAGGGCACUGGCGAGGCGCUCUUUGACCACAUAAUCGAGUGUAUUAUGGAUUUCCAGCAGAAACAGGACCUGAUGGAGCAGGUUUUACCACUUGGCUUCACCUUCUCCUUCCCUUGCCAGCAGCUCGGCCUGGAUAAGGCAGUGCUGCUGAAUUGGACCAAAGGCUUCAGUGCCUCAGGCUGUGUGGGCCAGGACGUGGCCCAACUGCUGAGGGAUGCGGCCCAACGCAAACAGUACUUUGGGCUGAAGGUGGUGGCUGUGGUCAAUGACACAGUGGGAACGAUGAUGUCCUGUGGCUAUGACGAUCCCAAAUGCGAAAUCGGCCUCAUCGUGGGUGAGGAGCAUUUCUGCACCCAGAGGGUCUCUCAACCUCUUGCCACCACCGCCAACCCAUGUGACAUGGCCACGAGGUGUCAGGCACCAGAGCUGUGGUGGGAGGUGACACCAGCAUGGGACCCACAGGGACAGGGACCAAUGCCUGCUACAUGGAGGAGAUGUGUAACAUGGAUACUGUGGAGGGGGACCAGGGCCGCAUGUGCAUCAACAUGGAGUGGGGGGCCUUCGGGGACAAUGGCUGCCUGGAUGACUUCUUCACUCACUUUGACCAGCUCGUGGAUGAGAAAACUAUCAAUGUGGGCAAGCAGAGGUUCGAGAAGUUCAUCAGUGGCAUGUACCUGGGUGAGAUUGUGCGCCACAUCCUGCUGGCACUGGUGGAGAAACAGCUUCUUUUCCAUGGCAAGCCCUGCCCCAAGCUCCAGACCAAAGACAUCUUUCAGACUAAGUUCCUCUCCACCAUUGAAAUGUAAGUGCUGGGCUCCAAGUGGGUUCCCUGAGCCUGGAAUAGGGGGGCAUGCUACACUGAUGUGGCGUAUUGUAUGCAGUGAGAUGCUGUCUCCAGCCCAUGAGAUGGGAAUGGCAAUGGGGAUGAUGAUGCUAAUAGUGCCCCACUUGGCCUGGGGCAGGGAUGGGCUGGCCCUGCAGGAGGUACAGACCAUUCUGCAGGACUUGGAGCUCCAUGCCAGUUUUGAGGACAGUGCGCUUGUGCGGGAGGUCUGCCAGACCGUGUCCCUGCGGGCAGCCCAGCUCUGUGCUGCUGGCCUGGCUGCUGUGGUGGAGAAGAUGCGGGAGAACCGGGGCCUGGCCCGACUGGCUGUCACUGUGGGAGUGGAUGGCACCUUGUACAAGAUGCACCCACACUUCUCCCGGCACCUUCAGCAGACGCUGCGUGACCUGGCACCCAACUGCGCUGUCACCUUCCUGCAGUCAGAGGACGGUUCGGGGAAAGGAGCUGCACUUGUGGCAGCCGUGGCCUGCCGCGGGGCAGAGCCCUAGGGACGGCCACCACUGCCACCAGUGUCACCCCAAUAAAGCGCUGCGCUCCGCGCCUCUGGCUCGUGGCGGAGGCGCGGGGC